GUGAUACGCCUCGGGGGGUGAAAGCUAUAUUCGUCAUGGUCGAGUCGACGUCGAUGGGCCGGUAGGGACGUGAGUAUGUGGAGAAUGGGAGUCGUCCCGCGAAGAUGGUGUAGAGCCAAAAAUAGGGAAGAGAAAGGAGAGCCGGGAGGGCAGGCACGGCCGGGUUCGGGAGGCAAAGAGGGUUGGAAUGAAGGGAGGCGAGUUCUUUGGGCUGUUACGAAAGACAUACUCCAGUCCCUGGGUGGGCGAGUAAGAGAGAGAGUCAAAAAUAGCGAAAAGAAGAGAGAAGAUCAUAUAAAAGGAAGAUGCGAAGUUGGUGAAAAGGAUAUGUCGAGGGCAUUGAUGCUGUGUGGAGAGUCCGGUGAGGGAGGAGUGGCAGGGAGAGCAAAAGGGGAAAGGCUUGGGGGUGAUGUGAUGUGAUGAAAGGCGGUAGGAGGACUGAACAGGAAAGAGAUGUGGAGGAGGGGGUGUGAGAGACGUUAUCGUCUGGAGAAUGACUUCAUGUCGAAGACCGGGUUGCGUAAGAGAGAAAGAGACGCACUGAGUCCGCAAGAGAGGGAGAGAAAGAAGAGUGUGAAAAGCGAGGAGAUGGGGGCUCAUCUGAUCUCACGAGGACGGUAUGUU